UGCAGCGAGGAGGGCUUUGACAUUUUGGACGACGAGCAUUUGUGUCCCAUCUGCGCCCCGGCGUGUCGCGACGCACUAGUCAACUUUCGAACCAAAGCCAAGACAGCAUGCAACACAACAAAGGACGCAGUCGCCUUCAAAUACAACAACAUCAUUUUUCCUCCUACCUAUCAGGUCGACCUUUUGCUUCUCAGCUACGACGUCUACUGUUACAAAGACCGCGACACGGGGAAGUUCUGCGACCUAGAGUUGACAAAAUGGAGGAGGCGUCGGGACACGAAUUUUCCCAUGGAGUGCGAGGACUGCAGCCUCGGGCGAUGGAGAAAACAACUCGAGGCUCCUAUCCGAUACAGUGAUGAGGAUGCCUCCUUAUUCUCUAAGUCGACAUCAGUCUGUGGUGCAACUGGGUACGAGUAUGCGAAGCCGACAGCUCAAUACGCAACUACUCUAAGCAUGGACAUGGAAACAUCGUCGAGGAGCCACAUCACACCUACACCUACACCUACAUCUACACCUACACCUGAGCAAGGAGCACCGUAA